AUGGAGAUUGCCGCACGUCUCAACUUAACCGAAUUUAGUGGAUCGACUGGUUGGCUGGAUAGAUUUCGGAGUAGGCAUAGCAUUGUGUACCGGCAAAUAUCAGGUGAGGCUGAAUCUGUUAAUAAUGAUGAUAUAGCUUCAUGGAAAAAUAACGUGUUGCCUUCAUUACUGCGUGACUAUGCUCCUGACGAUGUAUACAACGCUGAUGAAUUCGGAUUGUUUUUUAAGCUUAUGCCAGAUAAGUCUUUUGUUUUUAAAAAUGAGACAUGCCAUGGUGGAAAGUUGAGCAAGGAACGUCUCACGGUUUUAGUAUGUACAAAUUCUACCGGAACCCAUAAAUUGAAGUUGGUCGUCAUUGGAAAAAGUAGGUCUCCUCGCUGUUUCAAAAAUGUUCGUACGUUUCCAUGUGAAUACCUUGCUCAAAGUCGUGCUUGGAUGACAGGAAUACUAUUCAUAAACUGGAUUCAACAGCUAGAUGCAUUUUUCGGUAAACAAAAGAGAAAAAUUAUUCUAUUCGUCGACAAUUGUCCGGCUCACCCUAAAGAUAUCCCUACUACCAAUAUAAAACUUGUUUUCUUUCCACCAAAUACUACAUCUAAGUUACAACCCCUAGAUCAGGGUAUCAUUAAAGUGAUAAAACAAAAGUACCGAAAAAAGUUAGUUCAGCGGUACUUGAGAGACAUGGAGAGUACCAACCAAAUUUCAACUAAAGUUAACGUUUUGGACUCCAUACAUUACGUUAGUGCCGCUUGGGAUGAAAUUAAACCAGAUGUAAUAAUAAACUGUUUUCGGAAAGCUGCAUUUGGUAUGUUGAACAACUCUGAACAGGCUGAUAGCUCACCUUUAAAAGAAGAGGACUUUCAGCUUCUGCAAAAUUUUGCUGAUUAUGCAACAGUAGAUGAUGAACUCGUAACCAGUAGCACUCGGACUUUAGAUGAAAUAAUCGCUGAUACGAACUUAGUGGACAAUGAGAAAGAAGACGACGAUCAAGAAGAAGAAGAUCAAGACUUUCCAGUAUCUACUCCUACAAUAACUACUGGUUUGCAACAUUUAUCGGAAAUUCGGAAAGUAUUAUUCUGUGUUGAAAAUUCCGAAGAAAUGUUAGGUUGUCUUAAUAAAAUUGAAAACUUUCUUGCUGAAACACAUUACCCACGUAGUUCAUUUGCCGAAGUGAUUCGCAAGAAGUUCCGGCCACGUCGUCAUGAAAAAAAAGAUCUAUUUUUAUGGGGUGAAUCCACGGGAAUAUUUGUCACUGGAAGUUUUGAACAUCACUAA